UUGGUGUUAUUGUUUAUAUUGAAGAUAAAUUUACCAAACUAAUUACAAGGUUUACCUAAUAGUGCUUUGUUUACGAAGAUAAUUAGGCAGCCUUGGUUUCACCCAAUCGUCCUAAAUAUUUCAUGGUAACCUCCACUCGAUAAGGGACCAGUAAAAGUAUAAAUUCAAGGGGUUUAAAACAGAAACCAUACACAACACAGUACAGAGUAAAACCAUGCUUCUCUUCAUUGUAGUCCUCGCCCUCGUGGCUUCACCCAGCCUGGCCCUCAUUGGGAAAUGUUCUCAGCCAAUAUCUGACGCUACCACCAUUCAUGGUUUUACCAUGCCAAACAUUUUCAAGACUGGUUCCAUCAAUUUCGCUGAUUUCCGAGGCAAGGUGGUCCUGGUGGUGAAUGUUGCUACGUACUGUGACCACACCCCACAGUUUCUGGGACUAAAUGCCCUCCAGAAGGAGUUCGGACCUGACCUUCAGAUCAUUGGAGUCCCCACUGAUCAAUUCCACUUUGAGGAACCCGGUGCAAACGGAACGGAAAUUAUGAAUGGACUAAAAUACGUCAGACCCGGAAACGGAUUUGUUCCAGCAUUCCCUCUCACCGCUAAAACGGCAGUUAACGGACUCCACGAGCACAAAAUGUUCACCUACUUGAAAAAAUACUGUGAACCAACCGACGAGCUGUUCUAUCCUGGGUUGACCUACCAAGGAAACAAAGUCCACGACAUCCGCUGGAACUUUGAGAAAAUCCUCGUCGACAAGACAGGGAAACCUGUCAAAAGAUACAAUGUCUACGUGCUUCCGGCUGACCUCCGUGACGAUAUCCGGGCCGAGAUCCAAAGAGCAGAAGAACAUCACAGACUCCCAAUAUUGGGACCUUUCUUGGGUUGAAGGAUUUUUGUUGGGUUUUUUUUAUUGGAAAAAGCUAUAUGAAUUUAAACUUUUAUAUACUAUGAUUGAUUAAAUCGUGUUUCAAAAUAUAUAGGUAUUUUAGUAGU